GCGGAUGUUUUUACUAUGUGAAACGUCCCUCUCUGGUAUCCUUGCGCAGCUUACGGCAUCAUCGGCUAACAAAUUGAUAUAUAUAUAACUAUGCACAAAACGCAGGUGGUUGGCCAUUGACUGGGUCUGCAGGCUUCUCCUCCGGUUUCGGGGCUGGUUCUGGUACCGGUGCUGCCGGUGAGAAAAAACAGUGAGCUUAGUUUCACACAUGGGAUCUAUGCCAGGAGUCAGUUUACAGAUGGAGCGAGUGACCCCUGAAGCUGCUUACUGCCUGGUGCUGGAGGAGGAGAAGGGGCUGAAGUAGAGGCAGAGGUCGGGGUCGGACCCACGGUGAACAUAGACUGGCAGCCAUUGACUACACAGAGCUGAGUGACUUGUGCAGAAUAACAGAGCUAAAUAAUAGUUGUACUUCUACUGAAGAGGCCCAUAAAAAAUUCAUGAACUCUUAUAAAAGAGUUUUACUGCGACCUCAGACAUCUUUACCCAGAAUUCACCUCAAAAGCAGCAUUCGAACUUCAAUGAAGCUGAGAUUUUCUGAGUCUUCUCAUGAGUUCAGAAGACAGCCAGAUGGAAAACUUACACAGGAGUCACUCAUCAGUCAUGUGAUCAAAGCCCUUAAGAAACUCCCCAUUGAGAGAUGUCAGUAUGAACAUCAUGUCAUUUAUAAACUCCUGAAGGGUAUCCACAGUGUGACUUCUCAGCUUGGCUCACAGGAGCUGAAACAGAUCAGUACCAUCUCCACCAUCGAGACCUGGGACCGCGGACAGGUCGUUUUCGGACAUAAUGGAUUUUACAUCGUCCUGAUGGGCUCUGUGAAACCAUACAAUCGGGAAACGCUUAAAGAGGAACAGAAACUCCCUACAAUUGCUGCUGGAGGUUCCUUUGGUUCUUUUGGACCUGUAAACUCUGCAGAUGGAGAUGCUAUCAUCCAAUGUGUCCUGACGCUGGAGACCUGCGAGAUUCUAAAAAUAUCUCGUUUUGGAUACGAGAAGCUAAAAAAGGACAUCUUGGCACAGGAUCAUUCCGUUAAACUGACUAUGAUCCAGUCUUGCCAGCUAUACCUUCAUUGGCCGAAACCCUCCAUCAGCCACCUUGCCAACGUCACACAGCUAAAAACAUUUCCUGCUAAUCAAGUGCUGGUAAAGGAAGGAAAGGUCUGUCCAUUUGUGGUCUUCAUUGGCUAUGGAGAAUGUAAUGUCCUCCAGGACGUUGGGUCGUUUGUAAAACCGAUGGACAAAAAGGGCUGCAAGAUCAAAUUUGUGGUGGUUGGUAAACUGGGGCCAAAGCAAUCAUUUGGAGAGGUCAGUAUCCUUAUGGAUCAGCCCUCCCCUUUCACUAUCAUCACUGCCACUGAAGUUCAUGGAGGAAUUAUCCAAGCAGAAUCUCUGAAAGAGCUGGAUGCAGUGACCACCUCUCUUAUACUACAGACGGCACAACCAAUAAGUGGAAAGCUCAGUAAGGUAAAACAAGAGUCUAAAGGAGGAAGUCACAAAGGAGUUCCUCACACAGGAGAAGAUGAAAAAAUGGGAACUUGAGAAGAGGAAGAUACUGUCUGAUGCUGUGUUUUAUAAUGGCGUUCGCCCAGGAAAUGGCAAAUGGACGUAUAACCGAGGACCACGAGCAGUAACUGGGAAGAUCAAGACAUACACAUGAAUACGGACAAAUAACGUAAUGUUAUGCACAUCUAGACUCACCCACACAUUUAAACCCAGGCUCAUCCAAACAAGUAUGAAGACGAAAACCAGGACUCGAAGGAAAUGUAUGCAAAUGUCUCCAAAUCUUUAAACUCUGUUCUCCCAUAUGGUUUUGGAUCUCAUAGCUGACACAGACUCCAGCGACACACCUAUAAAUCAAGUAUCUCUACAUAAAUAAAAUAAAGUUUUGCGGUUCUUAAUGCUCAUUGAAA